AUGAAGUACGUCCAGCUUGGAUCCAGCGGCCUCCGCAUUGCCCCCAUUGGAGUGGGAUGUAUGAGCUACGGCAAUCCUGAGGGUCGUUUCAAGUGGGCAAUCCCAGAAGAAGAGGCUCUCCCUAUUCUCAACCACUGCUAUGAAUCUGGUCUCAACUUCUUCGACACUGCCAAUGCAUACUCCAACGGCAAUUCAGAAGAAAUUCUAGGCAAGGCCAUUCAGAAGUACGGUUGGCGCAGGGAGAACAUUGUGGUCGCGACCAAACUUUGGGCACCCGUCGGUCGAGGCCUGGAAGAUCCACUGGCCAUGAACACAGAGCAGCGUGAUAACUCCGGGUAUCUCAAUCAGUACGGCCUGAGCCGAAAACACAUCUUCGACAGCAUUGAUGCCAGCCUGAAGAGACUCGAUCUUCCCUAUGUCGACCUGUUGCAGAUCCACCGUUUCGACCCCACAACGCCAGCGAAGGAGACGAUGGAGGCUCUCCAUGAUGUUGUCAAAUCAGGAAAAGUGCGCUACAUCGGAGCUUCGUCCAUGUGGGCCCAUCAGCUUCUCGAAUAUCAAUACACUGCGCGCAUCCACGGCUGGACCGAGUUCAUCUCCAUGCAGAAUCUCCAUAAUGCCGUCUACCGAGAGGAAGAAAGAGAGAUGUAUCCAGCGUGCCAGAAGUUUGGCAUGGGCGGAAUCCCCUGGAGUCCUGUCUCGAUGGGCUUCCUAGCCAGACCUUGGAGCUCAUUCUCAGAGACCAAGCGUGGUGAAGGCCAAAAUGAAGGGUUCGCAGGGAAGCCAUACUCGGAGACGGACAAGCAAAUCAACUCGAAGAUCGAGGAGAUCGCCAAACAGCGUGGUGUGUCAAUGGCUACCGUUGCCAUCGCUUGGUCUCUGUCGAAACCUUUCAUCACUGCCCCGAUCAUAGGAAUGAGCAAGAAGGAGCGCGUGGAUGAAGCAGUCGAGGCGAUUUCCUUCGAGCUCAGCCAGGAGGAGGUCAAGAGCAUUGAUGAUUUAUACAAGCCGAAGGCAGUUGUGGGUCAUCAGUAA